AUGAAGUACUUGUUGGUUGUGUCUCUGUGUGUUGUGUGUCUGUAUGAGGGCCGGGGCAGUGAAAUGAAUGGAGGCGAGGACUUCAUGCUUCUCGCAGGUCCACUUCAAAGCCGUCAAGCGAGAACGUCAAGCUGGGAAAACAACGUCUUUGACUGCGGUCACUCCAUACCUCCCAGAACUGGACAAUACUUUGAGUACCUCAGGAGCAGAGGAGUGACUCAUUUCAAAGUGCCGCUGUCAUGGCAUCAACUCCUACCUGCAGGCCUCCACGGCCACCCCAAACAGACUGUGGUCACCUGCUACCGGACUCUGCUGACUCAGCUGUUGGAUGUGGGUCUCCAGCCUCUUGUCAUCCUUCAUGGAUCCACAGUGCCAAACCAGUUUGGAGGAAGGGAGAGUAAAGAGCUGCAACAGAUGUUUAUGCUGUAUGCAGAGUAUGUCUUUGGGGAGUUUGGAGAUCUGGUGCAUUCCUGGCUGAUACUAAGUCAUGUGGAGGAUGUUUGGCACGAUGGUCAACCACAUGCUUCUAGUUAUCGGCAUAUUCAUCAACUUUACCAUCAACGCUUUGGUGAUAAAGUGAAAGUGUCACUGGGGCUGACAACAAGCGACAUUAAUCUCCUUUCACAGAUCCAACCUUCGAUCACAAUGGAUUUCCUCUCUGUGCACCUUGCGUACAACUGUUCCACAUUUAAUUUGGCAAAAGAGCUGAGAAGGGUACAGAUGGCCAGUAGGGAUGUGCCAAUCCUGGUAUACAAGAUGACACUUCUUGAUUGCACCGACAGUCAGUUCGAGGCUCUUGGUCAUUUUCUACAAGCCCUGAACAACAACGACGUAAAAAUAAAGGGCUGUGACGUGAUGGACAUGUUAGGUAAAAUGGAUAUGGAGGACUUGCCUGCCAGUGAUGACUUUGAAUACUACAGUGGAACACCAUUGUUGAGAAACAGUUAUCAGACAGUCUGGGAUAAGUUUGGUGUUCAGGUCAAAUCUGAACGUGAUAUUUUCCUGAAUGAAUCUUUCCCCUCCAAUUUCCAAUGGGCCACCUCCAGUGAAUCCUUCAAAGUUGAAGGAGGCUGGGCUGAAGGUGGGAAGGGAGAGACCGUUUGGGAUCGCUUUGGCCAUGAAAACAAAGUUAUUAAUAACCAAACAGCUGAUCAAGCCUGUGACAGUUACCACAAAGUAGAUUAUGAUGUCUACCUUCUACGAGGUCUUCAUGUGAACACCUACCAGUUUUCUAUCUCCUGGGCACGGAUUUUCCCUUCAGGAUAUCAAAGAAGCAAAUCAGAGGGAGGAGUUCUCUACUAUGACAAGCUGAUCACUGCCCUUAUUGAGUCUGGAAUACAACCCGUCAUCACUUUGUACCACUGGGAUCUACCCCAGGAGCUCCAGAAUCAUGGUGGAUGGACCAAUGCUUCCAUUAUUGAAGCCUUCAAGGACUAUGCUGAUUUCUGCUACUCCAGAUUUGGAGACAGGGUUAAGAUCUGGAACACAUUCAGUAGCCCUUGGGUAGUUAGCCAUGCUGGAUAUGGAACUGGUGAGCAUCCCCCUGAAAUCAAGGAUUAUGUGGUGGCCUCCUAUCAGGCGACCCACAAUAUAAUUAAGUCUCAUGCAGAGGCCUGGCAUGUCUACAAUGACAAAUACAGAAGCAGUCAAGGUGGUAAAGUGGGCAUUGCAUUAAACUCGGACUGGGCUGAGCCUAUGGACCCCUCCAGACCAGAGGAUGUAUCAUCUGCUUAUCGUUAUUUGCAAUUGAUGCUUGGAUGGUUUGCACAUCCUAUAUUUGUGAAUGGAGAUUAUCCUGCAACACUUAAGAUUCAGAUCGACAAGAAGAGUGCCAAAUGUCCUCAUUCAAAGCCUGCAAUUCUUCCGGUGUUCACUCCCAAAGAGAGUCUGAGGAUCAAUGGAACAGCUGACUUCUUUGGAUUAAAUCAUUAUACAUCACGACUGGUAAACAACAGUGAUGGUGGUUGUGCCCCAGGUCCACAGGGGGUAGGUGAUUUCCAGGCCCAUAUUGAUCCAUCAUGGUCCUCAACAGGUUCUGAAUGGAUCUACUCUGCACCUUGGGGUCUAAGAAGGCUUCUUAACUACAUCUCCACAGAAUACUUAAACAUUAAAAAAGUGCCUAUUUACAUAACAGGGAAUGGGAUGCCAACAGAACAUGGUGGGGACCCCCUUAAUGAUACCAGUAAAAUAGAGUACAUGAGAAGUUACAUCAAUGAAGCUCUGAAAGCCAUAUUUCUGGAUGGGGUGGAUGUUCAGCGAUUCACAGUGCAGUCUCUAAUGGAUGGAUUUGAGGGCAAACAAGGCUACAGUGAAAGAUUUGGCCUUCAUCAUGUCAACUUUGAGGACACCAACAGGCCAAGAACGCCAAAACAUUCAGCAUACUUCUACUCUCAUGUUAUAAACCAAAAUGGAUUUGGCUCGCGCAAAGGUGAUGAUGUGAAAGUGACGCUGGUGCAAUACAACCCUCUUUUGAAAGUUUUACCUCCUUCAGAUGUCCCAUCUAAGUCAAAGGUGGUUUGGGAGAAAUUGUCUCACCAGUCAAAAUUCCACAGAAAGCUCUACCAUCAUGGCACUUUCCCAGCACAUUUCAGUUGGGGAGUGUCAUCUUCGGCUUACCAGAUUGAAGGUGGUUGGAAUGUCGAUGGUAAAGGAUUUAGUGUAUGGGAUGUAUUCACCCACAAGCCUGGCAGUAUACCAGGCAAUGCCAAUGGAGAUGUGGCCUGUGACAGUUACCACAGACUUGAAGAGGACCUCUACAUUCUGCGAGCUAUGCAGGUGAAGUCAUAUAGAUUCUCUUUGUCCUGGUCCAGGAUCUUUCCUUCUGGUCAGCGAAACUCCCUAAACCAAAAGGGUGUCGACUUUUACAACAGACUCAUUGAUGGCCUGUUGGCAAAUAACAUCACCCCGAUGGUGACAUUGUACCACUGGGAUCUCCCUCAGGAGUUGCAAAAUAUUGGCGGCUGGGAGAGCUCAGACAUGAUCGGUCUUUUUAAUGACUUUUGUGAUUUUUGCUUUUCCACCUUUGGCGACAGAGUGAAAUUUUGGAUGACCUUUAACCAGCCACAUACAAUAGCAUGGUCCGGAUAUGGACUUGGACAGAUUCCACCAAAUGUUAAGAAUCCAGGAACUGCACCUUAUAGAGUUGCACACAACCUAAUAAAAGCACAUGCCAAAACUUACCACACGUAUAAUGAAAACUAUCGCAACUCCCAAGGGGGACUAGUAUCCAUUGCCCUCAGUGCUGAUUGGGUUGAACCCAAAGAUGUCAAUGUUCGCCGUGAAGUGGUUGCUGCAGACCGUGCCAUGCAAUUUCAUUUAGGUUGGUUUGCACACCCAAUUUUCAAGAACGGCGACUAUCCUGAUGCAAUGAAGUGGCAGGUGGGAAACAAGAGUGAACUCCAAGGUCUGUCAGAGUCAAGACUACCUAUUUUCACUGAAGAAGAAAAGAAGUACAUCAGGGGCACGGCUGACAUGUUCUGUUUAAACCAUUACACGACAAAGAUUGUAAGCCAUAAAACAGCUCGGCUUACACCUCAGUCAUAUGAAUAUGAUCGUGACUUGGCAGAAGAAGAGGAAGGCGAUUCCCCUGCUACUGCCAUCAGCAACCAGAAAGCUGUGGCAUGGGGCUUAAGAAGACUUCUCAACUGGCUAAAAGAGGAAUAUGGAGACCCAGAGAUUUACAUCACUGAGAAUGGAGUUGCGACAGAAUCAAAGACAAGCUGGGAUGACUCUGCCAGAGUGUUUUAUUUCAAGACAUAUAUCAAUGAGGCUCUCAAAGCUUAUGAUCUUGAUGGUGUGAAGGUGAAAGGAUACAUAGCGACAUCUCUCAUGGAUUCAUUUGAAUGGCUUAACGGGUUCAAAGUUGGUUUUGGGCUACACCAUGUCGACUUCCAGAACCCAAACCGUCCAAGAACACCUAAAUUCUCUGCCCACUACUACCAUCAAGUCAUAAAGAACAAUGGCUUCCCUACACCAGAGGACGAAAAGCCACUUUAUGGAAAUUUCGGCAAAGACUUUAUCUGGAGCACUGCAACAGCAUCAUAUCAGAUCGAAGGAGGUUGGAGAGCAGACGGAAAAGGUCUCAGCAUAUGGGACAAGUUUGCUCACACUCCUCUCCGAGUGUUCAACGAUGAUAAUGGGGACAUUGCCUGUGACAGUUACAACAAAAUAGAUGAGGAUGUUUCUAUGUUGAAGCAACUUAAGGUGACACAUUAUCGUUUUUCCAUAUCCUGGGCAAGGGUUCUUCCUGAUGGCACCACCAGGCACAUAAAUGAAGCUGGACUGAACUACUACAUUAGACUUGUGGAUGCCCUGCUCGAUGCAAACAUCCAACCUCAUAUCACUCUCUACCAUUGGGAUCUUCCUCAAACUCUGCAAGACCUUGGAGGCUGGGAGAAUGAAACUAUUAUUUUCAAAUUCAAGGAUUAUGCUGAUCUCAUUUUUGGCCGCCUUGGUCACAAAGUGAAAUUUUGGAUUACCAUAAAUGAGCCAUACAAUAUAGCAAAUGUUGGUCAUGGCUAUGGAGCUGCUGCACCAGGGAUCAGUUUUCGACCGGGCACUUUGCCUUACAUUGUGGGCCAUAACUUGAUAAAAGCUCACGCUGAAGCAUGGCAUCUUUACAAUGACAAGUUCCGGUCCAAACAGGGCGGAAUAAUCUCCAUCACCAUCAACUCUGACUGGUCAGAGCCCAGAAAUCCUUAUAAGCAGGAGGAUAUUGAUGCUGCGAGACGAGUGGUGCAGUUCUACAUUGGAUGGUUUGCUCAUCCCAUAUUUAACGGAGACUACUGUGAUAUGAUGAAGACAAUCAUUCGCAAGAGAAGCUUAGCAGCUGGUCUGCCAAAAUCUCGGCUGCCUGAAUUUACCUCAGAGGAGAUUAAAAGAAUCAAGGGAACCUAUGAUUAUUUCGGUUUCAACCAUUAUACUACUGUCCUGGCCUUCCCAGUGGAUUACGGCAACCUUCAGCACUAUGAUGCUGAUAGAGGUGCAGGAACAAUUGCUGAUCGCACUUGGCUGGAUUCAGGGUCAUCCUGGCUAAAGGUCUCACCAUUUGGAUUUCGGAGAAUAUUAAACUUCAUUAAGGAGGAAUAUGGAAAUCCACCUGUUAUUAUCACUGAGAAUGGCAUCUCAGAGCGUGGGCCCGUUGACCUGAAUGACAUUCACAGGAGCUAUUAUUAUGAAAAAUAUAUUAACCAGGUGUUGAAAGCUUACUUGUUAGAUGGUGUGGACAUUCGGGGUUACACGGCUUGGUCGCUGAUGGACAACCUGGAGUGGGCCACUGGCUUUUCAGAAAGGUUUGGCCUUUUCUAUGUCAAUCACUCAGACCCCAAUCUUCCUCGAGUGGCCAAGACCUCUGCUGUCUACUACUCCACCAUCAUCACCUGUAACGGAUUCCCGGACCCUGCCUCUGGGCCGCAUGCGUGUCUAAACCAAGAGGUGGAAGGUACAAGUGUUCCCAGCACAUCUCUUCCCUUUGUAAACGCUGUCAAUUUCCUUGGUAUGACUCUUUCCAACAGUGGUGCUGAGACCGGACUCCACACCAUGUUUGCUCUCCUCAUUGUUGUGUUCCACAGAGUGAAUCAGGCAGCGGGGAACUAA